AUGAAAAAACCUAUCGCCGGCCUUUCACAGGCUGCCAAUUUCUCAACCCGAGCCCUACACAAAUCGCAAGGUCGCUCGAUAUUCGACUCCAUAUGCCAACGAUGUCGGCGCCAACAACAACAAUGGCAACAGCUUCGCUUCAACUCCAGCAAUCAUCGCCAACUCGCCGAUGAUCCGCAAUGGGUGUCCCCAAUUGACCAGCCCUCGAAAAUAAUCCGUGUUGGCCGUCGUCACGGGCCUGGAAUUAUUCUGCUCGCCCUCAUUCCCAUCACAGCCUUUGCCCUCGGAGCCUGGCAAGUGCAGCGCCUGGACUGGAAAACCAAACUGAUCGCCAAAUUCGAAGACCGACUCGUCAAACCCCCUCUCCCAUUACCACCACGUUUAGACCCCAGUGCGAUCCCUGACUUCGACUACAGACGUAUUGUCGCGCGCGGGAAAUUGCGGCAUGAUCAGGAAAUGCUCGUCGGGCCACGAAUGCACGAGGGCGAGGAUGGGUAUAUUGUGAUCACGCCGUUGGAGCGCGGGGAGGGGAUGAGUACGGUUCUUGUGAAUCGGGGCUGGAUUUCACGGAAAUUGAAGGAUCAGAAGAAUAGGCCACUUGGUGUACCGGCUGGGGAUGUUGUUGUGGAAGGGUUGCUUAGGGAGCCGGUCCAGAAGAAUUAUUUUACACCGGACAAUAGGCCGGAUAAAGGGGAGUUUUAUUUUCCGGAUGUCGACCAGAUGGCUGAGUUGACGGGAAGUCAGGCUAUUCUCAUUGAACAGACUAUGGUCCCUGAUUUGGUGGAGUCCUAUGACCGAGAGGCAAAAGGUAUACCAAUCGGACGUCCAGCUCAGGUGAAUCUGAGGAACAACCAUGCACAGUAUAUAUUCACCUGGUUUGGUCUUUCCAUAUCCACUGCAAUCAUGCUGUGGAUGGUGAUUCGGAAGCGCCCGAACGAGGCUGCUCGUAGAUUCCGUCAGAGUAAGACCAUGUAG